GGUAAGGAGAAUUUCUAAGAGGAGUGUCAGGCUUUUGAUGGUUUGCCUGAUGAAAAUCAGAAUUUUUAAAAACAAAGUAAGUAGACAAAAAAAGAAUUGAAAAAUCAGCAACCAUUCUAAAUUGUUCCAAACUAAUUUAUUUAUAAGAAUGUGAAAUCAUAUAUGAAUGUAAAGGAGGGGACAUAUUAACCUAGCUAACUGAUUUAAACCAACAUCUGUUAAGAGGAUAUAGUUUUAUAUAAUAUUACUAAGUAUCCUUUUUCUGUUUGUGUUCCAUAUCGGUGCACGCUGUUGCUAUGUGUCCCGAGUUUAGGCAAUUGCAAUUUACCGGAAAGCCCAAAAGUAAGUUAGUUAGAAAUUAACUAACUUUCAAAUGCCAGUCUAUUUUAGGCUGCACGUAUUUCCAAUUUAAAGGGCGACAGACCCGAAAAGCCCGCGAAAAGCUUCUGGCAGGCACCAAGAACACACACACCACCUAGAAAGAAUCCAUGGAAAUUAAGGUUAGGGUUUCCUUCACAUUUCUUUUUCCCUCGACCUGGCCCUCUAUUCAGGCCGCGAAUGAAACUUGCAUAAACCCUAGCUAGUUAGUUUACUCGUCAUGAAACCAACGAAUAUAAUUAGAAACUAGGCUUUUCGUUUUUCUUUUGUGUGUGUGUGUGUGUUUUUGUUGUCGGUUAUAUACGUAUAUGUAUAAAGGUCGAGGCCCAUGGUGAUGGAUGGAGAUAUCAGAGACGAAGGUGAAGGUGGAGGUUGCGGAGGUGGAGGCGGAGGUGGAGGAGGAGGAGAGGAAACUGCCGAGGGUGUGAUAGAAUUGGUUGCUCAAUUCGGGGAUUACCGAAGGACGCAGAGGAAAGAAUGCUAUAACCUGGUGCGGCGUAUGAAGCUCUUGUUGCCGCUUUUCGAAGAGACGAGAGAGCUGGAUGGGCCAAUUCCGGAGGGGGGGGUUGCUUGGUUGGCUAAUUUGAAGAAGGUGCUUCUUAUGGCCAAGAAAUUGUUGAAGACUUGUAAUGAGGGGAGCAAAAUUUAUCUGGCACUUGAAAGUGAAGGAAUCAUGGUUAGAUUUCAUGCAGUUCAUGAAAAACUCAGUCAGGCUUUAGGUGGUUUGCCUGAUGAACUUUGCAUCUCAGAUGAAGUUAAGGAACAGAUUGAACUCAUGAUCAUGCAACUUAGACGAGCAAGGAAACGAACAGAUACACAGGACAUAGAACUUGCAAUGGAUAUUAUGGUGGUUUUGUCCAAAAAAGAAGACAGAAAUGCUGAUAGUGCCAUUAUAGAGAGGUUGGCGCAAAAGCUAGACCUCCAUAAAAUUGAGGACCUUAACACAGAAGCAAUAGCUAUAAGGAACCUUGUUAAAGAAAGAGGAGGGCCAAGUGGAGAGACUACUCAGCAAAUCAUUGAUCUUUUUAACAGAUUCAGACAAAUCGCUGGAAUGGAAGCAACAAAUGUUAUUGACGACCCUGUUAUGCCUAAAAUGCUUGAGAAGUGCCCAUCUUUGAUGAUCCCUCACGAGUUCCUCUGCCCAAUCACGCUAGAAAUAAUGACGGAUCCUGUUAUUGUUGCAAGUGGACAGACAUAUGACAGAGAAAGCAUACAAAAGUGGUUUGACACCAAUCAUAGAACAUGUCCUAAGACCAGGGAAACUCUGGCUCACUUGUCACUUGCACCAAAUUAUGCUCUCAAAAAUCUAAUCAUGCAGUGGUGUGAGAAGAACAAUUUCCAGCUCCCAAAGAAAGAAACUUCCGCAGGCCAGGAAAGCUCCUCCACCGAACACAAAGAGGAGAUCUUAUCAUUGGUUGAACGGCUAUCUUCCAGUCACUUAGAAGUGCAGAGGAAGGCGGUGAUGAAGAUUCGUUUAAUCUCAAAAGAGAAUCCUGAGAACAGAAUUUUGAUUGCCAGAAGUGGAGGAAUCCCACCACUGGUGCAACUUCUUUCCUAUCCAGAUUCUAAAAUUCAACAGCAUGCAGUGACGGCUCUUUUGAAUUUAUCGAUUGACGAAACAAACAAGAAACUGAUAACCGGAGAAGAAGCGAUUCCAGCUAUUAUAGAAGUCCUGCAGAAUGGAAGCACAGAAGCUAGAGAGAAUUCUGCAGCAGCUUUAUUUAGCUUAUCAAUGCUGGAUGAGAACAAAGUAACUGUGGGGUUAUCAGAUGGCAUUCCGCCGUUGGUCGAUUUAAUGCAGAAUGGGACGAUUAGAGGUAAAAAAGAUGCUGCCACAGCACUGUUCAACUUAUCUUUGAACCAAGCAAAUAGGUCGAGGGCCAUUAAUGCUGGCAUUGUACCACCUCUACUCCAGAUACUCAAGGACAGAAACUUGGGCAUGGUCGAUGAAGCCCUCUCCAUCUUCUUACUUCUUGCAUCACAUCCAGAUGGACGGCAAGAGAUUGGACAGCUCUCGUUCAUUGAGACUCUUGUUGAAUUUAUCCGAGAAGGAACUCCCAAGAACAAGGAAUGUGCAACAUCAGUUCUUCUGGAGUUGGGGUCAAACAAUUCAUCCUUCUUACUGGCCGCACUUCAGUUUGGAGUGUAUGAGCAUUUGGUUGAGAUCACAGGGAGCGGAACCAAUAGAGCUCAGAGGAAGGCAAAUGCACUUAUGCAAUUGAUAAGCAAGACUGAACAAAUUCCUUGAACUUGUGUAAAAUGCGCUCUCGUUUAUUUGCUGAUUAUGCUUUUCUUUAUUUCAUUCUUGGGUCAAAUGCACCUCUCACCAGAAAUCAACAUGCUUAGUAAAGUUGUAGUCUACUGGUCAACUUUCUUUUUCUAUUUUUUACUUUGUUCCUCUGAGAUUAGAGACUAGCUGCUAGCACAAAGAAAAAGUUGGUGAUUGGGUUCAAAAUUCGUGUGUUUUCUCUUAGGUUUAGGGUUUAAUAAGUGACAGCGGCCACCCCUUUCCUCUACCCUUUUUCUCUGUCUUUCUGUUUUUGUAAAUAAUCUUUUGUCUCACUCACACUCGGUUUAUGAUAGAGAGGGAAGGAGAAGGAGAGCGAGAGGGGGAAGUUGGCAUGGCAGGUAAGUAGAUUGAUCAGCGGCGCAUCAGAUUCAUACAUCCAUCCUCUUUUAUUUUCAUUUUUAAAAGGAAUUGGAUGAUGCCCAUAGUCAUAGAUAAUUCUUGGACCCGUCCAUGGAAAUAUGAAUACAAAGAAAAAAAGCAUAGGAACACGAACACAUAUCAUAUGUAUACUGAUUCAAGUUACACCAGCACGGCCCAGGACAAUACAAUAGCACUACUGUACCGAUAACUACACUUGUUUUAACCUAAUGCACAGUAGCAUACUCAUUAAUGCACAACAUUGAAGAUUAAGCUAUAUUGGAUAAUCUCUUGACCAAAUAAUUCAAAUAGUAAAGAUUUAAGAUUUGCUGCAACUUCUGCAUAUGCCGCAUAAAAGGCAUCCACCUAGAUGGAUGGGACCUUAUAUUUCUUCAACAAAACCUCAAAGCAUCCUCUAGCUCUUUUUCAUCAGCACAAUUGUAUCCCAACUGAUAGGCUCUUGCUGC